UGGCUUUUGUUUUCGAAAACACAAAAGAGAAGCGUUAUCAGUUAUUUCUAUCUUCUCCUGAAAUUGUUCGUGAAUCAUAAUCGUAAAUUUGUUUUUUUGUCGCAAAUAGGCUGUUUUCUUUUAUUUUUUUCCUACUAAUAAUAUUUACAAUAGGUGCCUAGUUAUUUACAUUCUGCGUAACCUAUUUUGAAGACAAAUUUCACUCUCAAUCCUAAUUGCUACUAAACGUGUCACCGUACUCUCCAGUUACACUACACAUUUUAUUCUAGAAUCUAGGAAUCUAGAAUCUACUUACCUGUGAAUCUGUUCAACUUUUAGCUGUGUAUAAUUUAUUAACAUUAGUGUGUUUGAAAAAUGAUUGGCGUUGUGUUACUUUUACUACGGAAAUAGUAUUCAACAACGAGAAUUAAAAUGAACGUGCCAUACAUAAAUGACACCUUUAACAUCAACGAGCUGUCAACAGAACAACAAAAGUUGCUAAUAGAAAUUAGGAGACGUAAAGCUGAACUAUUACUAGAAAUACAGCAAUUAAAAGAUGAAUUAUCAGAGGUCGUUGGGGAAAUGGAAAAUAUGGAUAACAAUGAUGAUAGUAAAAACCAAACCAAAGCUAAGCAGUUAUCUAUUGGUCGGAAAAAAUUCAAUAUGGAUCCUAAGAAAGGAAUAGAGUUUCUUGUCGAACACGGACUACUAAACCACAAUGAAGCUGAUGUGGCUGCUUUCCUUUAUAAAGGGGAAGGUCUGAACAAAACUGCAAUUGGAGAUUACUUAGGAGAGCGAAACGAUUUCAAUGAAAGUGUAUUAAGGGAGUUUGUUUCUCUACACAAUUUUACUGAUCUCAUAUUAGUUCAAGCUCUCAGGCAAUUUUUAUGGAGUUUUAGACUUCCCGGUGAGGCGCAAAAGAUUGAUAGAAUGAUGGAGUGCUUCGCUGAAAGAUAUUGUCAAUUAAAUCCAAAUAUUUUUACUAACACAGAUACUUGUUACGUCUUGUCAUUCGCCAUCAUAAUGUUAAAUACAAGUCUACAUAAUCCUAGCGUCAAAGACAAACCAUCGGUAGAACAGUUUAUACAAAUGAAUCGAGGCAUCAACAAUGGUGGUGAUCUUCCUCGAGAACUUUUAAUUAGUUUGUAUGAAAGUAUAAAAACCGAACCUUUUAAAAUUCCUGAAGAUGACGGAAACGACUUAAUGCAUACAUUCUUCAAUCCAGAUAAGGAAGGCUGGUUAUGGAAACAAGGUGGUCGUUAUAAGAGUUGGAAACGUCGAUGGUUUAUUUUGAAUGACAAUUGUCUUUACUAUUUUGAAUAUACAACUGACAAAGAGCCUCGUGGUAUUAUUCCAUUAGAAAACAUUGAAGUAAGAGAAGUAUCAGAUCGGCAUAAGCCUCACUGUUUUGAACUUUACGCAGCUCCAGGAACGACAGAUUUCAUUAAAGCUUGUAAAACUGAUAGUGAAGGAAAAGUUGUAGAAGGUAAACAUACGGUUUAUAGAAUGUCAGCUGCAACAGCUGAGGAAAAGGAUGAGUGGACAAAAUGUUUAACGCAAAGUAUUAGCCACAAUCCGUUUUAUGACAUGUUAGCUGCUCGUAAAAAGAAAGCUCAAAAAAGCAAUGUACAUGGCCGUAGCUAGCGUGAUUUACUUCAUCGUUUUAAGCAGUAUUUGUGUUCAUUAAUGUAUUAUGUUUGGACAAGAAAAUCUGCUAAAAUUUAAUAAACAGUAUCGAGAUAAUGAAAUAAUGCCUUAUCAAAAUUAACUACCCUGUCAUUUGGAUCAAAAGGAUGUCGUGUGAUUGAACAAUAAUCAAUUACUUUAGUUGAUUAGCACGUUUUUUUUUUACAUAAUAUAUUAUACAGCAUACUUCUUUGUAUCACCAAAUUACUACCAUCUAUGUGAAAUGUUUAUUGUUUUUAUAACAUAGUUCAAAUUUAUUUUACUACUAUCUAAUCAGUAUAAUAUUAAAAUUUUAUAGUUAUUUUUUUAUAAUAUGUUAUCUAGUCCCAAAAUUAUACAUAAUUAUU